UGUCACUUGUCAGUAAAUUAAAAAUGGCGUCAGCUAUCGUUAGUUCGGCUCGUCAGGUAGGGAGGCUAACGAGUGCUGCCCGAAGACUGUAUUCAGAUGUGUAUCCAAAAAUAACAACACAUUAUACUAUACAUCCUCGAGAUAAAGAUUCAAGAUGGAAAGAAAUAAACAUGGAGAGAAUAGCGGAGGAGACAGAUAUUCUCAUUAUUGGUGGAGGCCCAGCGGGAAUGGCUGCUGCCAUUCGGGCCAGGCAGAUAGCAGAAGAGAAAGGAGCUGAAGUCAGAGUUACUUUAUUAGAGAAAGCAGCGGAGACCGGAGGUCACAUACUGUCUGGAGCCUGUGUGGAUCCCAUAGCCCUCAAUGAGCUCAUCCCAGACUGGCAGGAAAAGGGUGCACCACUCAACACCCCUGUCACUUCAGACAAAUUCGGCAUUCUAACUAAAAGUGGUAGAAUUCCACUACCAGUAUUUCCAGGUUUGCCAAACUACAAUCAUGGAAACUAUGUAGUGAGAUUGGGACACUUGGUGAAGUGGUUAGGUGAACAGGCGGAGGCUGCUGGAGCAGAGGUGUGGCCAGGGUGUGCAGGAGCAGACCUCCUGUAUCGAGAUGAUGGAUCACUGAAAGGCGUGGCUACUGGUGAUGUGGGAAUCGCCAAAGAUGGCAGCCCCAAGGACAUGUUUGAAAGAGGAAUGGAGUUCCACUCGAAAAUCACAAUUUUUGCCGAGGGUUGCCAUGGACAUUUAACGAAAAUGGUGUCAAAAAAGUACAACUUACGUGAAAAAAGCGAACCACAGUCCUACGGCAUUGGUCUUAAGGAGCUUUGGGAAGUUAAACCUGAAAAUCACAAACCUGGCUUGGUAGAGCACACGUGUGGCUGGCCCUUAGACAAGAAUACAUAUGGAGGUUCCUUCAUCUAUCAUCUCAAGGUGGAAGAGGGCGAAGCGCCCUUAGUAGCGGCGGGCUUCGUCGUUGGACUCGACUAUGCUAAUCCCUACCUCAGCCCUUUCAAAGAAUUCCAGAAAUUCAAGACACACCCCUACAUCAAACCAUUGUUUGAAGGUGGCAGUCGCGUGGCGUACGGUGCUCGUGCUCUGGUGGAGGGGGGAUGGCAGUGUCUGCCGGUGCCGGUGUUCCCCGGCGGAGUGCUGGCCGGAGACACCGCGGGGUACCUCAACGUGCCGCGCAUCAAGGGAACGCACAACGCCAUGAAGAGUGGUAUGCUCGCUGCGGAAGCGGCAAUGGAGCUCAUUAUAUCGGGCGAGGCGACUCACGAGAAGGGAGUAACGCCCACUCUGUACGAGGACAAACUGAAGAGCUCAUAUGUGUACAAGGAAUUAAAGCAAGUGCGUAACUGCCGUCCAUCGUUCCACACGUCUCUCGGUCUGUACGGCGGCAUCGCCUACUCCGCUUUCUCCACCGCCGUCCGUGGCAUGGAGCCCUGGACGCUCAGUCAUGGAGGUGCGGACCACUCAAAGUUGAAGCCGGCGAAAGAGUGCCAGCCGAUCGAGUACCCCAAGCCUGACGGUGUCAUCACCUUCGACUUGCUGUCGUCUGUGGCGUUGACAGGUACGAACCACGAGUCGGACCAACCUCCCCACCUGACGCUGCGCGACGACAGCGUGCCCGUCAAGCGCAACCUGGCCGAGUUCGACGGACCUGAGGCGCGGUUCUGCCCCGCAGGAGUGUACGAGUAUGUCCCGAUGGAAACCGGAGACGGUCAGAGGCUACAAAUUAACGCACAAAAUUGUAUACACUGUAAGACUUGUGAUAUCAAGGAUCCCUCACAAAAUAUCAACUGGGUGGUCCCGGAGGGAGGCGGCGGUCCCGCUUACAACGGCAUGUAAAUGUCGGUAGAAACAAAUUAACAUUUACAUAAUAUUAUGUACUAAUCAGGAAUCUAAUUUAUAUUUUACUAGCUAUUCAAUACCCGGGUUUUGCUAAGAGUUGAGAGUAUUACUACUAAAACUGGAAAAACGAUUAUGGUUUCCUAAAACCUCUUAAAGUUAAACACUAAAUUACAUUCAAAUCUUUGCAGCCGAGAAAAUAAUUAUUUGUAAAUAUAGAUUGUAUCUUAUGAAGUGUGUUUCUACGGUAUGCCUUCAUUAUUAUCCGUAUAAAUUACGAGAACACGGUAAGACUACUUUUGAAUUAGAUUCCCAGUU